GAUCUUUAUGCCAAAGCUAUGCCCAAAUUAGAAAAAGCUGUUGAGCAUGGUAGAGAGGGCUGUGAGUUUCUCCAAAACCCCCCUGCUGGAUUUUAUCCAAGGCUUGGUGUGAUAGGUUUUGCUGGAAUUGUUGGAUUGUUUCUUGCUAGAGGCUCAAAAAUAAAGAAGUUGGUGUAUCCUGCAAGUCUCAUGGGUGUUGGUGCCUCCAUGUACUACCCUCAGCAAGCAGUUGCUAUUGCCAAGGUUGCUGGUACACAGCUGUAUGACUGGAGUCUUCAGGGAUAUAUUGCUGUAGAAUCCCUUUGGAAGGAUAAUUCUAAGAAGAAGAAAUCUGGGAAAAAAAGUGAUAAGGGUGAUGCAGAUGGUGACAAGCCCCUGGAAGUCCAUGCCGCUUCAAGUGAAGAGCGAGCCCAGAAGUAGAACACUAGAUCACUUGGCAUCAAACAGGUGGACAAAGAAUAUAGAUAUGAGCAACAAUUUCCAAAGAAAAAGAGGAAAACCAUCUGAAUCCUUUUUGAUUUUGAAUGUGACUAAUCUGCCUUCUGCCUCAGGAAAGACUGACGGUGUGCUGCUUGGGCUUUUGGUAUGGAAUUUGUGAAAGGACACUACGUAUUUUGGGUCAGCCUUGAGACCUUGUCCUCAGUUCUGCAGUGGGAUUCAAGUCUGCCCGUGCUUGUCCCAUUGCAGGAUCAGCAUUGCAAGUAGCAAGUCUCAAAAUUCCUCAAUCUCAUGUUAUUUAUACAUAAAAUAAAAUUCCAGUUACACAAAA